CCUGCACGGGCCACGUUGAUUUCCUCGUCCGUCCCCCAACCCCCUUCCGCCCAAAUGGCUACACCAAUGGCCUCCAUAUCCGACGACGUUCCAAUGAGCGACGAUCUGCCCUACGAGGAAGACGUCGAGGCCGAGCUCGAAGUCGAUGAACUCGAUCCCUCAGAUGACGAACAACCAGCCCCUGCCCCCACCGCAACCGGGCCCUCUGCACCCUCCAUCUCGACCUCAUCCGCCGCCCCUCCCUCAGCGUCCACCGCUGGAAGAAGCGGGUCAACCAGUAAACCCGGUGUACGCGUUCCUGGUUCCACACUAUUCCCCGCUUCCAAGAUCGAAAAUCUCCUCCAAGCCAAUGGUAUCCACGCCAGUGGCAGCAAUCUUGGAAUGUCAAAGGAGGGCCAGUUCAUGUUAUCCAUCGCCACAGAGGAGUUCAUCAAAAUGCUCGUGAAAUUUGCCUGGGACGAAGCGCAGCACGCAAAGUCGAAUCUUAUACGGUAUGAAGAUAUGGCCAUUGUGCCCCUUGCCUACCAACCCGAGAUGGCUUUCCUCCAGGACAUUAUUCCUCGGGCGAUGAACAUCGAAUACGCCAUGGAAUUCCGCGAGAGAAGGCUGAAAGAACUCGAAGAGGAAGACCCCGCACUCGGCGGGUACAUCCCACCUCCCUACAUGAACAACACCCCCUUUUACGGUGGCGCAGCAAGCUCAUCCACGGUUUCCAAAUCCUCGAAACCCAAAAAAGAAAAGGCGAGCACGAAUGGGAAGGCUCAGGCCAAUGGCCACUCUGCAUCGGCGUCUACUGCGAAACCUAAAAAGGGUUCUGGUUCUGCCAAGAGCAGCCGGAGCGCUAGCGUCUCCUCAAAGGCGGAGUCGGCUAGCCAGCGGCGGUCAGGGAGGAACGGCGCUACUGCUACGAGCGCCUCGGCCAAACCCUCGCCACUCGUGAACGGUCACACGAACGAGGAGCUUGACAAUGAGGAAGAGACGGUAGACUCGGAGAUGAUGGAUGUCACCGGGGUAAACUAA